AUGGCUUUACGUCUAAAGAGAUGCCUCUACGGGCUGGCAUUCGGCCUCAAAUUAGCAUUGGCCAUACCAUGGCAUGAGCCUGCUUUGACGACCGCGGGCGAUAUGGCUUUCAUGGGAAUAUCCCCACGGCCUACUGAGAUGCCUGGGGCCAUUCCAUAUGCGCGACUCUUUGGAAGGCAGGUCAACGUGCCCGACAAUUGGUGCGGCUUCGUCAACGGCGAUCCAGGGGAUACUUGCGAUCUCACUUGUGAAAAUGAUUAUCGCGUUCUGAAAUGCUCGGAUACCGCAGCUCCUUUUUGCGGCACUUUUAGUUGGUCAAACGGUCUUCAGGGCUUCGAUUGCGACUCCACACGGGGCACUGUCACAAGUGUAGAGUUGUUGGCGGAUUACUACUCCACAGUCGGAUCAGGGUUUUCGGCGACCUUGGCUUCAACGGAAGGACCGCUGACCAUUACUGCAUCGAGCCAGUCAUUGUCUGGCGCCUCGUCGAUGACGGCCGCUGCUACCUUCCCUGCAUCUUCGGCGACCAAUUCUGUCAACAGCGUUUCCCGCAGCGGUGUUGCAAUUGCUUCCUCGUUGACGGCCGGCGGCGCCAGUUCAACCACUGCUAGCAGCAGCCCAGCCGCAACUUUCAGCUCCAGCAGUGGAACGAAUCUAAACCACAUUUUUGGUCUUGACAACCAUCAUAGCCUCUCAGUCGGAGCCAUUGUGGGAAUCGCAGUGGGCAUAGUUGCUGUUCUUGUCACCAUUGCGGCUAUUCUCAUCUAUUGCUGCUGCAUCCGCCCCAAAAACAAGAGACAAAAAGCUGCCAUCCUCGCCGUUCAAGCACAGCAUCAACAGAAAAUGCAACAGAGUGCUUCGGUGCCGGAUCAGACGACCCAGCAACCGCCGACCUACUAUUCUGGAAAUGUUUCUCCAGCCAUCCUCAGUCCGCCGCCGCAGCCAUUCUAUCAGCCAGGACUUGCUCCGCAGACGGCUGCUCCGGCGGGAAUUCAUGCCAAUCCCCAAUAUGUACAGCCCCAGGUUGGCGUCGCCACGAGUGACCCCCAGCUCAAUCCGAAGCAUGAUUCAACUGCCAGCGAGAUUGGCGGCAAGGCGGUACAAACUACUGUUAGCCCCAUACCCAGCCCGAUUUCUCCAGUAGUCAGCCCAGUAAAUACCAAGCAGGAUGGGUUGCAUGAAAUGAGUGCAAAUAAUGCAGGGCCAAUACCAGAAAUACACGAAAUGCCUGCUGGAAAGGACUAA